ACUAAUAAAAUAAAAUAAAAUGGAUAGAUUGCAAGAAGAAUCCAGGAAGCAAUUAUUGCUAUUUUGGGUUGCAACUUGUUCUAGCCACACCAAUCGUGGACCAAUUUUCUCCGCAACAACCGUCGCCUAAUCCUCCGUUCAAAAUUAUAUGCAGGAUGUCGGAACCGCCCUUUAGAGCACGAGAGAAGAUUCUUGAGAAGCAAAAGUAUUUCCAGCAUAUCCAGAAACACACUUACCUGAAAGGGCCAUAUGAUAAGGUUACAUCUGUAGCAAUUCCAAUUGCUCUGGCAGCAUCUUCAUUGUAUAUGAUUGGGCGAGGGAUCUACAAUAUGUCACAUGGAAUAGGAAAGAAAGAAUAACUUGGGAGUUCCCGAUCGAGGAGGUGUGUUUUGUGUCUCAAACUUUAGAUAACUUCCUCAAUAUGUACUACUUAUUUUCUUUGCUUUUUAUGUUUGGUACCUUAAUAAAUAUGCUUAGUUACAGAGUUUGAUCACUAAUAGUGAUUUGGACGUGAAUGAAUAUGGUUCACUGUAUAUUUGAUGUAACUAGUUGAUGAUUUAGUACUUGUGUGUGAUGGCAAUGUUCAAUUUCAUGUUUAUAUGUGCUUAGCA